UAUGCUUAAUCAAUCAAGAUAUUCUCCAGUAUCCUUAUUAUGUUUUAUUUCAGGUUAAUUAAUCAAGAUACCAAAAAUCAAAUGAUAAUAUUGGUUUUAGUACAUUUUAAGCUACUACAUAAAUGAAUAAACGUCAAUUGGCAGAGUUCAGAAAAGAAGUUAGAGAUAAUAUUUUACAUCGUGAACCAUUCAUUGAACAUCAACAAAAACCAAAUCUUUAUUUAGGAAAUUGGGGAAAACGUGAUAGACCAACUCUGUAAUAAUUCUUAAUAUUUUAGUGAAUCAUUAAGUUAAAGAAGGACACCAACUAAUAAAAUUUCUGGUGGUUUGAAUUUUGAUGAAAUAUUGUAAAAUAAUUUUAUAUUUCAUAGUAGUUCAAAAAGAAAUGAAGUCUAAUCUAAAGCAGUUGCUUUAAGCAAACUAUAUUAAGCUGAUAAAGUUCCACAUAAAUAGUUUAAAGUUGAUUCAUUUUUUGAUAAUCCUUUUACUUAAACUUCUAGAGUGAAUACUUUAGGAUCUGGAUACAAGGAAUCUCCAUUAAAGUCAUAAUAAAAGUUAGAGAGAUUUAAGAGUUGGGAUACUAAAUUAGAUGUUCAAUUGAAAUUGUAAAAUUAAGCCAUAUCCAAUAAAGUUCUUGGAGAAUAACCAGGAUUUUAUAAAUAUAUUAAUGAAGCAAAAAAAGGACUCCUAGAUUAAAAUUAUACUCCAACACUAUCUGUAAGAAAUAAAAGCAGUUACAGAGAUUAAAAUCAAUUCUAAGAUAUCUUCAAUUUAACUCCAAGAUAAAAUAAAUCAAGAAAUGUAUCUCCUUAGUUUACAAAUAAAAAUGUAGAAAAAAUUCCAUUAACAGAUAUUGUGAGAAUGACUUCACAUUUUUCUUCAUUAUCAACAUAAGAAAUAAAGAAAGUUUCAUCUGGUUACUUUUAGGAAAUCAUAAACUUAUAAUAGUCAUUAUAAAGAAUGAUUAAAAUGGGAACAAAGAAUUAUUGA